GCCUGUCAGUGCGUCAGGCACUCAGGGGUUAAACAGGGAGUCCGCCGCUCUCUCCUUUCUGUCCGCAGCGCUUUAGCGGAAAACAUCUGACUCCUGCUCGUUUUUCCGAGGCUGUGUUUGAUUUGCGCUCAUUUCGCGGAGGCAUCACCACGGCUGGAUUUCCACCGCUCCCACUGCGCGCUUUCCAACAGACAGGCAGCGAGAGAAGCAUGUGCGGGUGUUGAAGAGUCACACGCUCGGUUGACCUGACUGCCCCUGAACCCGGAGCUGCCGUCUGCCUGCUUUACCUCUGACCGUGCGCUUGUCCAGAGAGGCCGACUCCCAACGCCAUGUCCGCGGAGGUGGAAAACAGCGUGCCGGUCGCUGCUGAUCCCGGCGUCGCCUCCCCAGCAGCGACCUCCACCUCCAACACUCCUCCCAACUCUCCUGCAACGACUCCAUCCAAAGUGUCGUUCAGGAAAGAGAAGAAGAAAGUGCCUGAGAAGACAGAUGAGUACCUGCUGGGCAGGUUUCAAGGAGAUGGCGUAAGGUACAAGGCCAAGCUGAUUGGCAUUGACGACGUCCCAGAGGCCCGAGGAGACAAGAUGUGUCAGGACUCCAUGAUGAAACUGAAGGGUAUGGCAGUCGCUGCUCGGUCCCAAGGCAAACACAAACAGAGGAUCUGGGUCAACAUUUCCAUGUCGGGCAUCAAAAUUAUUGACGAGAGAUCAGGAGUGAUUGAGCAUGAGCAUGUUGUGAACAAGAUCUCGUUCAUUGCCAGAGAUGUAACGGAUAACAGGGCUUUUGGAUAUGUGUGUGGAGCAGAGGGGCAGCAUCAGUUCUUUGCCAUAAAGACUGCACAGCAGGCAGAGCCGUUGGUCAUCGACCUGAAAGACCUCUUUCAGGUCAUCUUCAACGUGAGGAAGAAGGAGUUAGAGGCCUCACAGAAGGGGGAAAAUGGCAGUGCUGUCGUUGAGAAUGGAAACGAUGCCCUUCUAAGUAUGGAUAACAAUGCAAAAUCGGCCCAACCAAUGGAGCAGCUUGACCUUUUUGGAGAUAUGUCAACCCCUCCAGACCUCCAUUCACCGAAUGAAUCUAAUGAUAUUCUCUUGCUGGACUUCACUGCUGAAGUUGACAGCAAUCAGAAUUGCAUAAAGGACAACUCCUUUCUAACUUUCCCUGACCAUAAGGCAUCUCCCCAGACAGAGAAUCCCUUUUCCUCAACUUUUGGCUACUUUCCAGCUCCAGACAGUGACCCUUUCAGAGAUGACCCCCUUUCCAAUUCGUCCCCUGGCCUGGCAGCCGAUAGUCCACACCUCUCCCUCACCAACGACCACCGAAACGGCACUGUUGGCGGCACUAAUAAGACAAUUAUUAAUGGUGGUUUGAAUGAAGACUCUGAACAUCUCAGUCAGCAGAUAAAUGGUUUAUCCAGUCAGACCAUGAUCCUGGCUCUCAAUAAUGGACAGUGGCCACUAGGGGGCAAAAUAACUCAGGGCAACGCAAUUACCAUGAUGGACGGAAAUGAGUCUGGAUCGGCUCUCUCAACCAAAAACCCAUUUUUUGACUCACCUUUGAAAACUCCCCAUGUCUCUAACGGCGUUACUCAUCGCCCAGAACCGCCAGUGACUCAUAGCAAGGACUCCGUUCUCUUAAACCCGCCUCCGCAGAACUCUAAGUCUGGACGAGGCCGAAGGAGUGCAAAGUCCACACCAGCUGACCUGUUUGGAGCAGAUCUGUUUGCUGCUCCGGCUUCUGGUCCUUCUGAGGUAUCCUCCAAUCAAGCUGACCUUUUCAACAGUGCAGCCACAAACUCAACACCCUCCUCCAUUGCUGCUCUUGGGAACCUUCAACUGGGUUCAGCAGCUACCACAAGCAUCCCUGCUACAGGUAUGUGGGGAGCCCCCACUGCUGCGCCCGCCAUGUUCUCCAUGCCAGGAGGGGCGGUUCCAGGCCAAAUGCCCGCCUACCCACAGCCAUCCGCCUUUGGUGGUUUACCCGUACCACCCACAGCCUGGGGCCAGCAGAUGCCCCCUCAUUUCAGCCCUCCACCACUUUCUCCACCUCAUCUUGCUUGGGGUCAGCCUGCCGUGACCAAUCCUUUCCAACCCGGUGCGUUUCCAGCGAUGAGUGAUCAGCACGGCCCGUCGCGCCCCCCACCUCCGAAACCAAGGGAAGCGCCAAAAGUAGAGAACAGUGCCUUCACAGCUUUGGAUCCACUUGGAGAAAAAGAGAAGAAGACCGGAAAGGACAUGUUCAAGGACUUCCAGCUUGCCAAACCCCCGGCAAUCCCUGCAAGAAAAGGGGAGGUUCUGUCCAGCUCUGCUCCAGCCCCCAACAAAGAACCUGGUGCAUUUGAUCAGUACUUUUCCAGUAAAGUGGGCAUGGCUCAGGAAGCUGCAGACCAUGAUGACUUUGAUAUCGGUCAGUUGUCAUCACCUUUAAAUGAUGCCCCAAAAGCCGCUCCCGCUCCGGCUGCUGCCCCGGCUCAAAGCUUGAAUUCUGGGCUCCUUGAUGCUACCUUCUCCUCUGCCCCCUCCCAAGGCCAAGGAGUCAAUCAGAACAUAUUUGAUGAAGCAUUUGGAGCCCCAAAUUCCAGCCCAUUCGGAGUGCCACCUGUAGCUAAGGAUGCUUCUGCUGGUCAGGCAGCUGCAUUUGAUGAUCCUUUUGGAAAUCCUUUUGCUUGAUCACAACUUGGCCCAACAGUAUUUUAAAUGGGAGAGAAGGAGACCUUCACAUCGGAUAACAUCGUCGGGACGAGCUGCUCUGUGCAAGACAAUCCAACUGAUGAACUUUUCUACCUUCUUGCCCCCUGACCUCCCCUUCAUUUACACCUUUACCUCUGGUGUUGUUUUCUUCUUCACAAUCAGUAGUUCCUUCCCCCCCCUCCCUCAAGACCACUGAUUUAAGAAGUAAAUGUUGUCUUGAUCUGCUGAAGAAAGAAGUGUGCUGAGUAUUAAAAAAGGAAAAAAAAGGCAUGUUUGAAGAAGUUUACUGCUGAUGCUGUCUUUGUUGAAGAAUAAAAUAAUCAUUCAUAAUGCUG